CUUGACGAAAAUAUAAUGGGGAGGACGAUGUCGGAUUUCGCUCGGGGUCUUCAACUUCUGACGGACCGCAUCAUAACGAAAAUAUUACCGCGGAGAGGGGGAGGUUGUCGGAUUUCUCUCGGGAUCUUGGAUCAUCAUCACAAACCCUUCUAACCCUCCCUAACCUUUCUAUUGAGCAGUCCAACACAGGCUCUUAUCCUGACGAUGUGUACGUCGGAGGAGCUUCGGGGUUUGAACAUUAAAUUUCGGCGGAGCUGAGUAUUUGGUAUUCACAGCAUGUGAGGAGGGGCCAGUGGCGUGGUUACUCAUGAUACCUACAUAUAAUAUAAAUAAUGUACCAUUCCCAAGACCUUAAGCUGGACAUUGAUCAUCUACGCUCAAAAUAGAGAGGAAAUUGUUCAUAGAAAAAUAACAACCGACAAGAUGUUGAAGCCUGUCUUUACAUUGGCGGAAGGCCAGCCACUUUCAGAUCCGUCUGUCAGUACCACAUUGCCGAUUUUUGGUGGGGGAGGUAUCUCGACAUUGGGAGAUACACUCCUUCUUGAGACUCUCGCCCACUUCAACCGGGAGCGCAUCCCGGAGAGAGUCGCCCAUGCUAAAGCAGCGGGUGCUUGGGGUGAAUUCGAAGUCACCAAUAAGGACAUCUCCUCCUUGACUUGCGCCAAAUUCUUGAACGGCCUUGGCAAGAAGACACCGGUGCUCUUCCGCCUCAGCACUACUGGCGGCGAAAAGGGCAGCGCUGAUACAGUUCGCGAUGUCCGAGGCUUUUCUGUCAAGUUCUUCACAGAGGAAGGCAAUUAUGACAUUGUCGGCAACCACAUUCCCGUGUUUUUCGUGCGUGACCCUGUUCGAUUUCCCUCGUUGAACAGAAGUCACAAAAGGCACCCUGGUACAAAUAGACCAGAUUGGACCAUGUUCUGGGAUUUUCAUGUCAACCAACCGGAGAGCGUACACGCUCUGAUGCAUCUAUUUGGCUCCCGCGGCCUUCCUGAUUCGAUCCGUCGGGUCACAGGUUUCGGAGUCCACACUUUUAAGCUGGUGGCCGACGAUGGCAGGUUCCGAUACUGCAAGUUCCAUUUCCGUCCUGUUCAGGGAGUCAGCCAUUUUUCUGGCCAAGAAGCAGAACGCAUGGCCGGCGUCGAUCCCGACUUCCACAACCUAGAUAUUUGGAAUGCCAUUGCUCGGGGCGAUUUCCCAGCGUGGAAGCUGUAUGUUCAAGUGAUGGAACCCGAGCAGGCCGAGAAGCAUGGCCGAGCUCUGUUCGACAUUACCAAGGUCUGGUCCCACAAGGACUUUCCCUUGAUUGAAGUUGGCCAAAUGACACUCAAUAAGAAUCCUGGCAAUUACUUUGCUGAGAUUGAACAAGCUGCGUUUUCCCCAUCCAAUAUGGUCCCUGGCAUCGCAAUGACGCCGGAUCCCAUGCUGCAGGCGCGCAUGUUUGCCUACCCAGACGCCCAACGAUAUCGCCUCGGAGUGAACUAUGCGCAACUGCCUCCAAACCGGCCAAUUGCGCCUGUCUACGCGCCAUACGAGCGCGAUGGAAUAACCGUGACUAAGAAUUACGGCAGCGAUCCUAACUAUGUGCGCAGCACGCUGAGCCCAGGCGUGUCCACUCGGGCCAUCACCCAAAUACGGCACCUCGAACGAGUCCUACCUACUGCGACGCUGGGCUUGAACGAGAUUCCAGUGGAUGAUGAGGACUUCGAGCAGCCCCGAGAUCUCUGGAAAAGGGUUUUCGACGAGCCCGAGAGAGCGCAGUGGGUGUUAAAUGUCUCGGGCACUUUGGAAGACGUGCCUGCGCCCUUGAGGGUGGCUGUACAGACCAUGUUCACCAAGGUGGACCCUCGUAUUGGACAAUUGCUGGCUGCCAUGGUCAAAGAGAAUCCCCACCUGUAA